CGCGCUCGCCAGUAGCUCACAGACCGUGGUGCGAGACACACGUGUCACACUCCGCUGGGACGCAGCCGACGCGCUCGUAAUUAACAUAAAUGAAAAUUAAUUAAGCGAACAUCAUUUUCGUGUUGUUGUGUCGUGGAACGGAUACUGUUUCAGUGUGAACUUCUUUGAGUGGCGUUUUUUUGUUUUCUCUGGACUUUUCGUUUUUUGCCGGCGUUUCUUGGACUGACUGGAUGUUGCAGUGAUUUGUAUGCAGUUAUAAGAUUAUGAACAUUUGAAUCGCUCCACCUGCACUUCGGAUCCAUGUUCCAGCAUCAGCUAAAUUUAUAACAUCAAGCUACAGCCCAUACUUAGAUCCGGUGCGGUAUACAUGAGAUGGUAUGGGCUCUUGUGCGGUAGCGCGGGUGGGCUGGUGGGUGGUGGUGGGGCUGGCGUGGCUGGCGGCGGCGCGCGCGCGCACGCUGUGUCCGGCGCGCUGCGCGUGCGACGACGCGCUGCGCCUGGCCUCCUGCGCCGGCGCGGGCCUCGAGAUCGUCCCCAUACAACUAAACCCGGAAGCCACCCACAUCAACCUCACGCACAACUCCAUAGACAACCUCCUCUACACGUUCGCAUUCUACACGCAAAUCGCCGUCCUAGACAUCUCCUACAACAAGAUACAAGACUUAGGUAGUAAAAACUUCGAGAACAACAUGGAGAUGACCCAACUCAACGUCAGCCACAACGCGCUGCGGCGGCUCGAGAAGGACACCUUCCUCGGCCUCAAGAGGCUGCUCGACUUGAACCUGUCAGACAACGAGAUAUCGAAUAUACACACACAGACAUUUAAAGAUCUAUCUGUGUUGGAGCGACUCGAUUUGUCAAACAAUAAGCUGGUGAGCUUCGACGCGGAGACCUUUGAGCCCCUGUCGGCGCUGAAGAUCUUAUCGCUCAAGAACAAUGCCAUAUUAGACAUACCAUCUGCUAAUCUUUUCUACGUUAUCCAAUUGGAAUAUUUGGACUUGUCCGAGAACUUGGUGCAACAAGUGCCCAAAAAUGGAUUGCAGUAUCUGAAGUCGUUGAGGCAUUUAGAUUUAAAUAGCAAUAUAAUUUCGAGUAUUGAUAGUUUGGCAUUCCACAAUUUGCCUCUGCUACGGCACCUGGACCUGAGUGACAACAACAUGACCGCGGUGCCCACGUCUUCCUUGUCCAAACUGUCCAACCUCUCGCAUCUAUACCUGAGUGGAAACUUCUUCCAGAACGUCACGGCGCUGUCGUUCCAAAGCCUGUUCCACUUAAAACACUUGCAUUUAAGUAGACUUUACGAGCUCGAGAGAAUCGACUCGCGAGCGUUCGUCGACAACAUCAACUUGCAAAAAAUAUGGAUGAACGAAAACGUUAAAGUGAGAGAGAUUCCCCCGAGACUGUUCCACGGAAAUCCCAAACUGACGCACAUUUACAUUAAGAACAAUGCGUUGGACACGCUUGAGGCGGCCCACUUUCCCAUCGAUAAGUUGCAAGAACUGCAAAUAUCGGGGAACCCCUUCGUGUGCAACUGUUCGCUGCUGUGGCUGUGGAAGCUCGGGCGAGAGUGUGAGGCGAAUAAUAACAAGGUGGAGAACGGGACUGCACUGAAAAUAGACUAUGAGUUAGUGAAGUGUGCGGCUCCGGAGCGCCUGCGCAACGUGAUGUUCGUGCAGGCGCCCGAGUCGGAGUUCGGCUGCUCCAGCGGCUGGGUGGUGGUGGCGGUCGUGGUGCUCACCGUCAGCAUCGUCAUCAGCGUCGUCGGCGGCGUGCUCUACUUCCUGGGCCCGCUCAAGAAGUGCAAGGGCGACAAGUCGAAACAGGUCAUGACGAGCGUGAUGCUCAAAAGCGACGUGUCGAAGCUCGGCAACGGGCUGGUGUACUCGACUCGUCGGGAGCAGGAGGCUAAGAGAGAGGUGGACCGGUAUCUGAUGAUCGGGUCGACUGUGAGCAAUAACUUCCACUCGCUGAGCCCGCCGUGGCACGUGGACAAGAGCCCCUACUCCCAGGAGGAGCCGGAGGAGCACGUGUACCAGCAGUUCGCGUACGAGACCAUCCCGGCCCACCGCGCGCCGGAGAAGCCCCACAUAGUGUACGUCUAACAAAAGUUUUUCGUGAAGGACAAUAUCGCUAUAUUCCGUCUCCUACGGCGGAUGUGUGUCGUCUGUAUGACGACGGACAAUCAAGUUGCAAUAAUGUAAAUAUUCGAUAAAACUACAACUGUUAUAUGUGAUAGCUUGUACAUAGACAUGUAAAUAGUUACGUUUAGUAAUAGCAGUGCCGCGAAAGACAUUGUAUUGAAUUUUGUACUUAAAGAUUUAGUCGUAAUGGAUCUACUCCAGAAUUUGUUUACCCAUAAUCCAGUUUGUGAGGGUUACAUUUUUACUUGUUUUGUUCAACAUAAGUGUACUUAGUUCCUCAUGAUACUUAUUAUUGUUAAAAGCUUUGUUAAAUUAUUUAAAAACGUGUAACAAACAUAAAAUCUAAUCCAUAUUAUGUACCUAACUGUAUAAGACAUUAUAUUAUAUAUUUUCAAAACUAGGACACCAAUUAAGUAUAUUGAUGAAAACUUUGUACAAAAACGAGCAAUAUAGAAUACUUAUUAUUAUUACUAUACUAUAAAAUAGUGAUAAAACGUAAUUUUCUUGAAACAAUGUUAUAAGCAGAUUAGUUGUACUCGAGAAAAAACAUUGUUUAACAUUUUAUCAAAUACAGAUACCAAUAUAAUGUAUACUUACUAAAUACAGUUUAUAUAUUCAAUAAUAGAAACCAGUUGCUCUGAUGAGAUGGGGUACAAACAAAUACAAUUUUAUUGGAUAGCCACGUAUGUUAAUUUCAGUAAUAAUUUAUAAUCUAAAGAUUCUGGAAGUAUUAAUAUUUUUGUACUUGAUAAUAAUGUGUACAUUGUGAAAGACAACUAAUAUUAUCUCCAAUAUUUCAUCUAAUUUUGUAAGGACAGUUAUUCUAUCAUUCAUAUAAAUAGCGUGAAGUACAUAACCAUUUAACAACUACCUUACUAUGUGGACAAUGCCUACAGUCAUAGCAGUAGAAAUAAGAAUAUUUAUACCUACUACAUUUUUUUGUUAUGAAACUUAUUUAAUAAUAAAAUGCAUUAAAAAGAAACAAUUAAUAAACAAAUUCAAAAAA